AUGCCGCCUGUAACGGGCCGUCCAAUAGGCAAGUUCCCGAGCCCACACCCCAUCAUUCGCCGUACCCGAAGCUGGCGUGGUAUCAUGCAGGUACGCUUUAACGACACACGCGCAGACCGCAAUCAAUUAUUAAGGCAAUCAUUUAUGUGGGCACCGAUGCGAAUAUUUGGUCUUGGCUGCCUCACGACGACUGUGAUGUACUUCACCAUAGGCUAUGACUGCUUUACGCACACGCUCUUUGGCUAUGAGUCGGAGAUGCAAUAUGAGGCGCGUGCGAAUCCCGACGCAAGCGUCGUCUUUGGUGAGACAAUGCUAGACAAUGACCGCGGCUGGAAAUCCCCGCUGCGUAAUUUAGGGAUGCCGCUUCAUCCAUCCUAA